AUGAAACCCAUCGAGGUAUCACGAGAGUACAAGAUGCCGCUCUGUCUUACCUUCUUCGACUUGAAGAAGGCCUUCGACUUAGUUGAAACGGAAGCGGUAGUGGAGGCCUUGGACAUGCAAGGUGUCCCUACUCAGUACAUAAAGACAACAUUUGGAGAAACUCUUGUAACUAACUUCUUGUUUCAAUUGGAUUUUUCGGACUCGCCGCGUCUACCCUCACCACUGCAGCUUUUGAAUAGGACCCUGAUUAACACCAAGAAAUUAAUUGGUGAAGUCCUAUCUCCAAUAACAGUACUUGAUCGUUCUGACUACCGAGAUGAUACUCAACCUAGCUUCUCCCGUAAGCAGGGGAAGAGCAGCUAUGGAAGCAGCAUGGUGGAUGACAUGGAAGAUGAUGAUCUAUAUGAGUUUCUUGAAGACGAGGAAAAUGAGGACGAUGAAAUAGAAGGCGAGUGA